CCCCUUUCUCUCUCUCUCCCUCGCUCUCCUCCCCCUGUGACACUGGUGACGGGGCAGGGGUAGUUUCAGCCUACAGACAGACACACAGUGAAACAAUAGACGUCCCCUAAUGCAUUUUUAACAGCUCAGCAGGGGAUGGGAACAGUUUGGUUGGGACAGUUUGUUCACAGAAAGAGUGACGCAAGUGAUCAGGUGAGUCCAAACCGCUCUGUUUAUUUGCUAAUGCUGGACUAUUUAUCAGGAAUGUUUUUUUUGUUAGUUGCAAAACUCUUAACCUGCGUAAAACAGCAGUGAGAGUAGAUUUGGAUCUCAAAAUGGAUGUAAGAUUCUACAUGUUAUUUAUUUAACUCUUAUAUCAGUGAACACUUAAGGUGAGGUCUCGUAAUAGUCUUUUUCAUUUUUGUAAAUAUGUACCCAUAAGCUGCUGUGGUCAACUCUGCAUUCAUGGAGCUCUCUGUUGGACCUUGACUCUCCGAGCUGUCCUUACGAGAGGAAAUGGUCAACUCUACUUAUUCAAGAUAGAGAGUCAUCUGGAGGGGAAGCUCAUUUACAAAUCAAUACUUGUCUUUUCCCUCUCAGCUGUGAAUGACAUACCUCAUCAUUUGCCUGGAAAAAGAGGACUCUUUCUUUCUUAUGAACUACUGUCACGUUCUGUUGACAUUUGACACUGAAUGUGGGAAAAAGCAGAAGUGGUGCGACCGUCCCAGUUCGAGGUGCAAAGUGCCUGGCUUUCAUUUCUUUGGGAAACUCUUCUAUCUGUCCCAGUUUAAGUGGAAGACACUGCUGUGGUGUACCAGUAAAAUAGGAUGCCAGGAGCCAGUGGCGUCAACGCUGAGGGCUCUUGUGAGGCCCUGUGUCGAACCCUGGUCUCCCAGAACGGCCUCCAGAGAGAGACAGCCGACAUCUCCCAGUCGGUUCUCUACACCUCACUGAUGGGCUUGCUUCUGGUCGCCGACAACGAGAAAGAGCAUCUCUCCUUAGGAAGUGGAAGGGUUGGCCUUAGAAACAUAGGAAACACAUGUUUCCUGAACGCAGUAGUCCAAUGUUUGUCUCACACACGUAGCCUCAGGGACUACAGCCUCCUCACGUCCUAUAGGGAUGAGAAGUUCUCCAAAGAGGAGGCUCGGCUCAUGGAAGUUUUCUCUCAGGUGUUGUCCGGCCUUUGGGAUGUAAAUGACGGGGACACUGUUGUAAACCCACGACAGUUGUACAGUAUAUUUAAAGAAGCCGUGCCUUACUUCAGUGGAUACAGUCAACAGGAUGCGCAGGAGUUCCUCAGGUUCCUCUUGGACAAGCUGCACACAGAAAUCAACCGCAGACCCUACGUCCGACGAACAGGGAAGGAGCCCGAACUGACAUUUGCCAGAUUUAGGAUUUCGGAGGAGGCAGCUGCCAUGUGGAAGAAGCACUUGGAGAGAGAUGACAGCAGAAUAGUCGACCUGUUCUCAGGCCAGCUGAGGAGCUCGCUGCACUGCUCAGUGUGCUCCCACUACUCCAACACAUUCGAUGUGUUCUGUGAUCUGUCGCUGCCCAUCCCCAAAAGGAGCUCUGUUGGGGCGGUCACACUGAGGGAGUGCCUGGACCUCUUCUCUCAGGAGGAGGAAUUGGACAAAGACAACUCACCAAUGUGCGAGAGGUGUAACAGGCACACAGAGUGCACCAAGCGGCUUUCCAUCCAGAAGUUUCCCCAGGUUAUUGUGAUCCAUCUGAACCGCUUUACGACGUCACGGUGGUCCAUCAGUAAAAGUACAGUGUACGUGUCCUUCCCACUCACUGACCUGGACCUUGGACGCUACGGGCCCGUCGACUGUGGCCCAGUGCUGUAUGAUUUAUAUGCAAUAUGUAAUCACGCUGGGACGGUGAACAUGGGCCACUACACAGCCUGCUGUUCAGACGACAAUGGUUGGUGCUUCUACAAUGACUCGAGUGUGACUCCAGUCUCGGAGAACCAGCUUCAGACCAAUCAAGCAUAUGUGCUGUUCUACCAGCGCAGCAACAGCACCACCAGCGUCAGGAAAUAGAGCUGAGACUGGCUGAGCCAAGCAGCCAAUCAGAGCAUCUUUACCUCCAGUGUCCAUAGAAACAAAUAGAAGCAGCAGUGCUGUAACUCUUGCAUCUAUGAACAGCUCAAUCUCAGUGAGAAUGCCUUCGAAUGAACUCUAAAGAGGAGGUGAGGGAAGCCAUGCUCACUUUAAAGGGGGCUUGAAGAGGGGAUCUCCCCUUCUGAAUCAUGGAGAUGCUUUUGAAGAGUCUCAGAGAGAGAGCUGAGACCGACUGCAAUGCAGUGCAGCCUUAAGAGUCUCUGUGCCAUACUUCUCAGGCAGGAGUGAGCGGUGUACUUGCACAUGAUGUAGAGCUCUUUAUGUUAGAUAAUUGUGAUUCAUACUUGCGAUUCAACACAAACCCAAAUAUACAAAGGUAAAUCUUGGGUGGAAUGGAAAUUAGGCAACAAACAAUUGUGACAUAGGAUUUCAUUUUAAGCUACAGUUGAAAUUGUCCAGUACUUCAACUCAACAUGUAAAUAUCUGUAGCCAAUACUAUAUCAAUGCUGUCAUUUUAUGUUAAUCUCCCUCCACAUGGAGUUAGCCAUGAAACAUGAACACAUGUAAAUGGGCUAUAUAUUUUCCCUCUACCUGAAUUAUAAUUUCUAUGUAUAUAUUCGUAUAUGUACAUAUAAAUAUAUGUUUUUUUUACAUUUGUGCUUACAACUUACACAAUUGAAAGCGUAUUGCAUUAUUGAAAGCUUAAAUAAAAGACAAAUUAUGAAGUCUGAUGAUUAGACUUGUACUCUUUAUGUAGUUGUUCUUAUUCAUGUUUUACUGUUUUCGAUAUAUCACUCAUUUGUUGACAUUUAUUAAAUAAUAGAAUUGUAAACUAUGAUAUAUUAGGGAGAUGAAUUGAUUGCCGCAGA